AAGAGCUUUGCUGAUAGAUGACAAAAAGCAUUUCUUCAGUUGCCAUCUACAUCUACAAGGACCAGAGGCAGCAGUAGCGGAUGCAGUGGAAAGAAGCGAUGGUGAAGACAGCGCAAGUUGCAGUGGGACCACACUGAAGAGAAGCCAAACUAGCCAGAUAUCAAGUAAAGCAUUCAGAAAAAGGAGUUUGGAAGCAUACUACAUGUCUGUAGCAUCACAAUAACCGCAGUCCAGCAACUCCUGCAGUGCUUUGACUCAGAGGUGCAGGAUGACAGUAGUGGCUGGAGAUAACAUGGAUGAAACAUCAGCUGUGCCGGGGCAUCCACAGGACACAUAUUCCCCUGAUCAUGAUGACCAUGAAUGCUGUGAAAGGGUGGUCAUCAAUAUUGCUGGGUUACGCUUUGAAACCCAGCUAAAAACCCUGGCUCAGUUUCCAGAGACACUGCUUGGGAACCCCAAAAAGAGAAUGCGCUACUUUGAUCCCUUAAGAAACGAGUACUUCUUUGACCGCAACCGUCCUAGCUUUGACGCAAUCCUUUACUACUAUCAGUCUGGUGGGAGACUGAGGAGGCCAGUGAAUGUCCCAUUGGAUAUGUUUUCAGAAGAAAUUAAGUUCUAUGAACUUGGAGUUGAGGCAAUGGAGAAGUUCCGCGAGGAUGAAGGAUUUAUCCGUGAGGAAGAACGGCCACUUCCCGAGCAAGAAUAUCAACGUCAAAUCUGGCUUCUGUUUGAGCAUCCUGAAAGCUCAGGACCAGCUAGAGGAAUUGCUAUCAUUUCUGUUAUGGUUAUUUUAAUUUCUAUAGUCAUAUUCUGUUUAGAGACUUUACCAGACCUGAAGGCGGACCCUCGGGGGAGAAUAUGGACGGUAGGAAACACCACCUACUACUACAAACCAAACAUUCUCACUGACCCCUUCUUCAUUGUUGAGACCCUCUGUAUAAUCUGGUUUUCGUUUGAACUUAUAGUACGAUUCCUUGCGUGUCCAAGCAAGGCAGCCUUCUUUAAGAACAUGAUGAACACCAUAGACGUGGUAGCAAUCAUCCCUUACUUCAUAACUUUAGGCACAGAGAUGGCAGAAGAGGACGAUGGCAAAGAGAGCAAAGGGGAGCAGGCAACAUCACUGGCCAUUCUCAGGGUGAUUCGUCUGGUCAGGGUGUUUAGGAUCUUCAAGCUGUCUAGGCAUUCCAAAGGCCUGCAGAUUUUAGGGCAGACCCUAAAAGCCAGUAUGCGGGAGCUUGGAUUGCUCAUCUUCUUCCUCUUUAUUGGUGUAAUCUUGUUUUCAAGUGCUGUCUUCUUUGCAGAAGCCGACGAGGCUGAAUCACAAUUCACCAGUAUUCCUGAUGCGUUCUGGUGGGCUGUUGUAUCAAUGACCACCGUUGGCUAUGGAGACAUGGUUCCUGUGACCAUAGGGGGCAAAAUUGUAGGAUCUCUGUGUGCAAUUGCUGGUGUGCUGACUAUUGCUCUACCGGUGCCUGUCAUCGUAUCCAACUUCAACUACUUCUACCACAGAGAGACUGAAGGUGAGGAGCAAGCCCAGCUCCUGAAUGUGAGCAAUCCCAACAUUGCAUCUGACUCUGAUUCUAGUCGCCGCAGCUCCUCAGUUGUCAGCAAGUCCGAGUACAUGGAAAUUGACGGAGACAUGAAUAACAGCAUGGACAACUUCAGAGAGGCCAACCUUAGAACUGGCAACUGCACAAUAGCAAAUCAAAACUGUGUUAACAAAAGUAAGCUGCUAACUGAUGUCUAGAGACUGUGAAGAUUUAGUCAGAUUUGACUGCUUCAGUAUUCAGAUGCUUCAUUCAACUCCCUACAGCACUCCUG